AUGUCCUUAACAACAGGCCGCCUACCUAUGGAAUGGAAACAUGCGAACGUUAUACCCAUCCACAAAAAAGACUGUAUCGAACCCGUGACCAACUACCGUCCCAUUUCCCUUCUGCCAAUAAUUUCCAAAGUUCUCGAAAGAUGCGUGUUCAAUAACAUUUACCCCUUUGUCCGUGUACUGAUCAAUAAUGUCCAACAUGGCUUCUUAAGAAAUCGUUCAUGUAUAACCCAGCUUCUAGGUAUACUACAUGACAUUGGUAAAAAUCUGGAUCGAAACAAACAAAUCGAUGUGCUAUACCUAGAUUUCUCGAAAGCGUUCGACUCUGUAGAUCAUGACAUUCUACUUCACAAACUACAAAUGCAUGGCAUAAACGGAACGCUUUUACGAUGGUUCGAAAACUACUUGAACGAUAGAUGGCAGCGAGUUGUCAUUGAUGGUGCAGCUUCUACAUGGUCUCCAGUAACAUCAGGUGUACCGCAAGGCAGCAUUCUGGGACCGUUGCUUUUUGUCAUAUUCAUAAAUGAUCUUCCCGAUAACGUUUCACCCAGUACGAACUCAGCACUGUAUGCAGAUGAUUCAAAGUUAUACAGAGAAAUAAAAUCGGUAGAAGAUUGCCAGUUCCUGCAAGACGACCUUGCCAAACUGGAAAAAUGGAGCACUGAUUCAAAAAUGCGAUUUAACACUGAAAAGUGCAAAGUGCUGACAAUAUCAAGAAAGCAACACCCAACGCGAUUUCCAUAUCGCAUAUAUGGUAAUGAAUUAUCUCCUUGUCAAGCCGAGAAAGAUCUUGGUAUGCUCGUGACCAGCAAUUUGAAAUGGGGCCCACACAUACUGAAGAUGGUGGCGAAGGCAAAUAAAAUGCUUGGUAUCCUCAAACGCUCAUGCUUUGACAUUAACCACACCCAGGUCAGACGGACCUUAUAUCUAACGCUAGUUAAAUCUCAACUUGUUUAUGGAAGCGAGGUAUGGUGCCCUCCUAACAACAAAGAAAAUCGAAGGAGUUCAAAGAAGAGCAACACUGUGGAUACUAAAGAAGAAACGCGGAGAACUAAGUUACAAACAGCGCUUAAUGCAACUUAA